AACCCUUGCCCGAGGAAGAAAAAGUAGAAGUAUAUGGACACAAAAAUAGAAUGAAAUAAAAGGAAAAAAGGAAAAAAAAAACAUAAAACGCUCAGUAUCUCCGGCUAGUGGAAACCGGACCUCAAGAUCAAAUUAGGGCGCAAAGCACUGUUGGAGACAGAAGCCAUGGGGAGGAAGAAACUUGAAAUCAAGCGAAUUGAGAACAAAAGUAGCCGACAAGUUACCUUCUCUAAACGACGCAACGGUCUCAUCGAGAAAGCUCGUCAGCUUUCCGUUCUCUGUGACGCAUCCGUCGCUCUUCUUGUCGUCUCCGCCUCCGGGAAACUCUACAGCUUCUCCUCCGGUGAUAACCUGGUCAAGAUCCUUGAUCGAUAUGGAAAGCAACAUGAUGAUGAUCUUAAAGCCUUGGAUCGUCAGUCAAAAGCUUUGGACUGUGGUUCACACCAUGAGCUACUGGAACUUGUGGAAAGCAAGCUUGAGGAAUCAAAUGUCGAUAAUGUAAGUGUGGGUUCCCUGGUUCAGCUGGAGGAACACCUUGAGAACGCCCUCUCCGUAACAAGAGCUAGGAAGACAGAACUAAUGUUGAAGCUUGUCGAGAACCUUAAAGAAAAGGAGAAGUUGCUGGAAGAGGAGAACCAUGUUUUGGCUAGCCAGGUAACUAAAGUUUUUUUUGUUACGGUUUAAGUUUCGAUCCGAUUGGCACAGUUCAAAUGGAGAAGAGUAAUCUUGUGCGAGCCGAAGCUGAUAAUAUGGAUGUCUCACCAGGACAAAUCUCCGACAUCAAUCUUCCGGUAACGCUCCCACUGCUUAAUUAGUCACCUUUAAUCGGCGAAUAAAUAAAAUCCAAAACAUAUAACUAAAACAAACAAGAUGUGUAAUUAUCCCCUUGUAAAGGGUGUACGUUGUAUAAUCUAUACUCUCUCUCCGGCUCGAGAGGCUUCGGGUGUAAAACUAUUUCAGAUUUAUGUAAGAUAGAAAAUCUAUGCAAGACACUUUCAAACUUUGUA